GUUAUGUGGUGUAGUUUGCAUCUCGCUGGAGUUGGAUGGGAUAUGGUACGUCUCUGGAGGCAGGUUUUAGGUUUCGCGGGUUAUUAGGGGCCAAUGCUGGUACCGCCCCUUUCCAGGAGGCCUGCCUUGGCGACUACCGCUUAGUAGACCAUGUCGUGCCUUUGGAUUGGGUUGCCAUGGUGACACGCAAAGCGUGCUGGGAACGUCCUGCGGCAUGUCGCACGCGUACUUCAUACACCAUAGAGUAUGGUUCCGGGUCUGGUGGCUAGAGCGUCACUUCUUCCGCAGGAAGCGGAAGAGCGAUCGGGUAGGCGGCUCUUUGUCGAAGCUAGAGGACCGGCAGGCGGCAGCAGCAACUACGGCGGCGGCGGCAGAACCCAGCAGUGAUGUGGAGGUGGAGACCCACAGGAGCCCCGGACUUCACCUGAGCUACCUCAGUGGUCACCAAGAGUGGCAAGAUAAAGAAAACCCUGAGUUGGGCGGGACCAGGAUGCCUGACCGGGACAGCUAUGCCAACGGUACCGGGAGCAGCAGUGGAGGCCCUGGAGGUGGUGGCAGCGAGGAGGCCAGUGGGGCAGGGGCAGGCAGUGGCGGGGCCAGCUCAGAUGCCAUCUGUAGAGACUUCUUGAGGAAUGUGUGCAAGCGAGGCAAGCGUUGCCGAUAUCGCCACCCAGACAUGAGCGAGGUGUCCAACUUGGGGGUGAGCAAAAACGAGUUCAUCUUCUGCCAUGACUUCCAGAACAAGGAGUGUAGCCGCCCAAAUUGCCGUUUCAUCCAUGGCUCCAAGGAGGAUGAGGAUGGCUAUAAGAAGACAGGAGAGCUUCCCCCACGGCUGAGGCAGAAAGUAGCAGCUGGCCUUGGCCUUUCACCGGCUGACCUACCAAAUGGCAAGGAGGAGGUCCCUAUCUGCCGUGACUUUCUCAAGGGUGACUGUCAGAGAGGAGCCAAGUGCAAGUUCCGUCACCUGCAACGGGAUUUUGAGUUUGAUGCUCGGGGUGGAGGAGGCACUGGUGGGGGCUCAACAGGCUCAGUCCUCCCAGGACGACGUCAUGAUCUCUAUGAUAUCUAUGACCUUCCUGACAGGGGCUUUGAGGACCAUGAGCCAGGCCCAAAACGCCGGCGAGGUGGAUGCUGCCCCCCUGAUGGCCCUCAUUUUGAGUCAUAUGAAUAUAGUUUGGCUCCACCGCGAGGGGUGGAGUGCAGACUGCUAGAGGAGGAGAAUGCCAUGCUCAGGAAGCGGGUAGAGGAGUUAAAGAAGCAGGUCAGCAACCUGCUGGCCACCAAUGAGGUAUUACUGGAACAAAAUGCUCAGUUCCGCAAUCAGGCCAAGGUCAUAACCCUGAGCUCCACUGCACCAGCGACUGAGCAGACUCUGGCCCCCACUGUGGGCACUGUUGCCACUUUUAACCAUGGCAUUGCCCAGACUCACACUACUCUCAGCAGCCAGGCUCUACAGCCUCGUCCAGUGUCCCAGCAAGAACUGGUGGCCCCUGCUGGAGCUCCAGCUGCUCCCCCAACUAAUGCUGCACCUCCUGCUGCUCCACCACCCCCACCCCCACACUUGACCCCAGAGAUCACGCCACUGUCAGCUGCCCUGGCUCAAACAAUUGCCCAGGGAAUGGCACCCCCACCUGUCUCCAUGGCUCCUGUGGCUGUAUCUGUGGCUCCUGUGGCCCCUGUGGCUGUAUCGAUGGCCCAACCCUUGGCAGGAAUCACAAUGAGCCACACCACCACUCCCAUGGUGACUUACCCUAUCGCUUCCCAGAGCAUGCGCAUCACGGCCAUGCCACACUGAUGGGGCUAAUGGACACUCCCCUGGUAUAGCCUCGCAGGGCUGGGGUCAGGGGGCCCUUGCCCACUCACCUAGCCUUCCCCAGCCCUGUCUGAAGGGCUCCCUUGAGAACUAGGACAAGAGACUACAAGGAGUAUGUCCUGAGGAGGGGUUGGGAUGGUGUGUUUUCUCUCACCUCCCUUUUAUGAGGGUCCUCUUGUCCAUUUUCAAGCCUCACAGUGGGAGCUUGCAGAGGAGUGCAGACUGAAGCCAGCAGAGAGGAAGGACUGACUGAGGGGCUGUGUCCUCUUAUGGGAAUUUGGGAACAUCCCUCGUCUUGUCCUCUCUUCUGCACAGCACAGGUUCCAGCACUGGUUUUGGAAGAAAAAAAUACCCUGCCCAGAGGGAAAGCCAGGAAAGAUUGGGAAAUGGGUGGUCAGGAGAGAAGGCCUGAUAGGAGCCUUCAGACAAUUUGGGUCCUAGUUGGUUGGGUUGGACAAUACAGGAAUUGCUUCUGGGCCCUGGGAAGGCUGGGACCAUAGUGCUCCAGCCCAAAGACUAGGGGAGCAUUCAUUACCCUAGUUUGACCUGAAAAUCCAUAGGGCAGGGCCCACUACUUUCCAAAGAAAUAAAAGAACAAUUAUUUUUAACAAAUGGAGGCAGUGAAAACUUGCUUAGCUAUUCUGUGUGGAAGAUGGGAGCAGUAAAUAGAUCUCAUGCCAAAAUGGGAUAAAGACCCCAGCCUCCCAUAGCUUUGGUAAGAUGGAUAGAAGCCAGUGAAGAAGGGUAGGGACCCAGAACAAGACCAAAUGGGGCUUUGGGGAAGGCACUUUAUGGGGUAAAAGCUUUGGAGCCACCUAGUCUAGUUUAAAAAUAGUUCCAUCUGUUUCUGGUCUCUGUAUGUAUGUGCUAUUCCCAGGUUGCCUUAGUAACCAGGGCUCCUAGGGUCAUUUAGCAGGGCAGGCAGUAAGGAGAGUGUAUUUGCUGAAAUGGGGAUGGGAUGUUACAUAGUUGACAGAUCCUUAUUCAAACAGAGCAGGACAGGUGGAGUCGAUGGCCAUUGAGUUGAUGGCAGUUGCCGCUCAGUUGAUGGCAGUUAAUGUCCCUCCUACCCCACCCCUUCAGUGGCCAGUUCCUGAAGCCUUCAAGGCUUGGGAGGUCUGGGAAAAGAGAGUCCUUCUAGGGACACAAGCCUCAGGGUCCAUCGCUUUCCUCUGUCUCCACAUAGGACCAGAAGUUUUAAAUUUACUUAAGUCAGUAAGGCCAGGGGCCCCAAUAGUCAAACCUCAGUUCCUCCUCAGCUCAUGGCUGAUGUAGGGAAAACAACUCAGGUGUCUAGUCUAAUGGGACAGUAGAUUUGGGGGUAGAGAGUGAUCCUGGAUUGUGUUCCCCCUCAUCAUGUCUCCUGCUACCUCUUGCUUUCUUGUCUGGUUGAUCACUCAGGUCACAUCUGGGAUUGGAGAUGGUUGGCUAGGUCAAGGCCAGUCAUUAAAAAAAAAAGCCUAAAGACUAACAGUGGGCUAACAUUGUGGAUUUUAGAAACAACACAUUGAUAAGCUUAAUGUUUUUUGGGACACAAUUUUUUUUUUUUUUUUUUUUUUUUUUGAGAUGGAGUCUUGCUCAGUCACCAGACCGGAGUGCAGUGGCGCAAUCUCGGUUCACUGUAACCUGCGCCUCCUGGGUUCAAGCGAUUCUCUUGCGUCAGCCUCCCGAGUAGCUGGGACUACAGGCGCCCGCCACCACGCCCGGCUAAUUUUUUUAUUUUUAGUAGAGACGGGGUUUCAUCGUGUUGGCCAGAAUGGUCUCUAUCUCUCGUGAUCCGCCCGCCUCAGCCUCCCAAAGUGCUGGGAUUACAGGCGUGAACCACCGUGCCCGGCAAUUCUAGACUAUUAAAAGAGAUGGUUUAAGAGCAUUUAGAGAAGAAUGUCACCAUAGAUACCAACAUGAAUUCUCAGUCAAAUCCUGACUGACUUUAUUUCCUCCUUGCCAGGUUAUCUCCAAAGAGGUAGAUUUGGGAAAUUUUAGACAUUGUAUGUCUUGUAUGUAUUUACUCCAGCUGAAGACCACCAAGAAUACACCUGGUAAUUGAGCAAGUUGGGUUUAAUGCUCAUUGCAGUGAGGGGGAGGGCUCACCAUUGGGGAUAACGUGGUGUGUCUCAGCAUGAGGGUGUUAGGAAUGACUUAGAGAACUUAGACUUUGGUUAAGUGAUUUUGGGGAAGAUUCAAGAAAGUGGGUGUUCUUUUGGAUUGGGCGCUGUUAAGGGAAUCCAGGAUAAUUGGGUAGCUUGUCUAGAAGAAGGGCAGACAAGUGAACCUAAGCACAGUCGAUGAUGAAGUCACUCACUAGCUGGGAAGGGGGAUGUUUGCUGUUUUGUGGUUUGCACACUGACCUUGUUUUGUGCUUAAACAAAAUUGUGUAGUGA